CUUGGAGCAUAGUUGCUGCCGUGAACAGAUGCAGUCGUUCGCGCGGAUCUCGGUUUUCCCUUUCGAUGGCCGUACGGCGGAAUGGAGUUGUGCUGUUAACUGCCCUCAUCUUCCUCCCGUUCUUCUGGUUCAUGCUCUCAUCUCGGCCAGCUCCUGAAGAUGCCGACCUGGAACAGCGGUUGACAGAGCUUCGGGAGCGGCUGAGGUUUGCAGAGCUGCAGAACCAGGCACGCUCCAAGGAGCUGCAGGCGCUGCGGGAGGAGAUCAAGGCUGCGUUAACCGAGCAGCAGCAGAACAGCCACCGACCAGAGGGCAACAACAAUGCCGGCGCCGGGAAAACGGGGAAACAACUGUCAGGAGAUACACCUCACCACAACAGGGCAAACCUAUCUAACCAGGAGACAGAAGAAGAGGAGACGAAGAGGAAGCUGCGGAGCCUGGUGGGAGGGGGGGACCUACAGCUGCCCAGCAUCUACAACUACAUGCCGCACCUGCGGGAGAAACCAGACGCCCUGCAGCCCGCAUUCCACCUGGGCCAGGGCAGAACUGGAGUGUCGUUUGUUCUGGGCAUCCCCACGAUAAAGCGUGAGAAGGAGUCCUACCUGAUGCAGAGUCUGGCCUCCAUCUUAGACGGUUUGUCUGACGAAGAAAAAGAUGACUGUGUCAUCGUGCUAUUCAUCGGGGAGACUGAACAAGACUAUGUACAUAGAAUUGCAGAGAUGGUCAAAGAAAGCUACAAGGCUCCUAUAGAGUCAGGGUUGUUAGAGAUCAUCUCCCCACCGGCUGGUUUCUACCCUGACCUGGACUCACUCAAAGAGACCUUUGGUGACCCCAAAGAAAGAGUCAAGUGGAGAACCAAGCAGAACUUAGAUUUUUCUUUCCUAAUGAUGUACUGUCAACCAAAAGGGCAGUUCUAUGUCCAGUUGGAAGAUGAUGUCAUAGGCAAGCCAGGCUACAUAUCAACCAUGAAGAACUUUGCUUUGCAACAGAAAACAGAGGAGUGGAUGAUACUGGAGUUUUCACAACUUGGUUUUAUCGGUAAACUGUUCAAGUCUUCCGAUCUGAGCCUGGUUGUGGAGUUCUUCCUCAUGUUUCACAAAGACAAACCCAUCGACUGGCUGCUGGACCACAUAUUUUUUGUAAAAGCCUGCCAUCCAGAAAAAGAUAAUAAACACUGUGAUAGAAUGAAAAGUGCACUGAGGGUUCGCUUCAAGCCCUCGUUGUUCCAGCACAUAGGCACAUUCUCUUCAUUAAAAGGAAAAAUACAAAAACUAAAAGAUAAAGACUUUGGGAAGCAGCCCCUCCACAGAGCACACACCAACCCCCCAGCAGAUGUGUCCACAACACUGGAGGUGUACCAGAAGUACACCUUAGAGAAGUGCUACCUGGGAGAGAACUUCUUCUGGGGGCUCACUCCAACCAAGGGGGACACCAUCGUGUUCUCCUUCCACAGCCCUAUAGUCAUAGAAAAAUAUAAGUUUUCCAGCGGUAACACAGAGCACCCCGGGGACAAGCUCAUCAACACAACAGUCGACGUGCUGCCGGAAAAUCACGAGCAGAAAGAGGGCGGGAUUUUACAGGACAACAAGGAAGACAACACAAAAACUGGGAUGAUUAGACUAGAUGAUGGAUUCAUACAGAUCGGCCAGUUCAAUGCAGCUGGUGUAGCAGAGGGGGAACCUGACAAAAGUAUAGGCAGAGUCAGGCAGCUCAGACUGAGGUGUCUGUCAGAUGGGAAGGCUUGGGUCAUUCUCAGUGAGAUUCACAUCAAGCCAGAUGGGACGAGGUGACGACGGGGUGGGAUGGCCAUAUGAAGAGAAACAUCCUUCUAUAUUCCAUGGUGUUAACUAUGCCUUGUGUCCAUGUGUGCAUUACAUCUCUCAUCUCCAUAAACACACCACAUCGUAGUCUUUACUGUACAGAUACUCAUCCUUUUGCACAUCAUCAGCCAAGUCACUGUACUUACAUUAUGCAACCUCACAGGCUCCUGCUGAAGAUAAUGAUAAAUAUAUGUAACUCUGUAUAUAUUGCAAAAUGUCCAAAUUUAUUAUCCCACAACUAUUUUACAAGCAAACAGAGCGUGAGGUUUCUUGCAUGAAGAGCAGGUAUAGUAGAAUUUCCAACCACUAUCAGGCAUGAUAUCUAAACUUCAAGUUACAUGUAUUUAGGACUGAUGGUUGCAAAAGAUAUGUUACCGAAUGAACAUUUUAUUAGUGAUUUCUAGUUAGCAUCCAUCCUCAGGUUACAAUGUCUAUAUGUGCCAGUCUUGGCUAGGGUUCAUUUCCCUGUAGUUUUGUUAUCGUUGAGAUCUAAAGAAAUUUUUCUGGUUUUCUAGAUAUGUAUGCAGGUUGACAAUCACCCAAUAUGUAAAACAUCUCUGAGAUAGCAUACGGAUGUCACUGGGAAUAUCUAUGUGAUACCACUAACCACUAUCAGAAAAUAUUGCCUUUAUUUAACCUUAAAUAAAUUCAGAUAUACUUGAAGAGAAGCAGCCAACUUUAACAUUUUAAUUUUUGGCUUUGAGAGCUAGGAAAAAAGCUAAUUGACUCAAUAAUUUCAAUAAUUUCUAUAAAAUAUAAUUUCCCUGUCAUGAUAUUAAUCUACACAACAACGGCUCUACAUUUGAAAAUGAUAUUAAUAUAUGUUAAUAAAUUUAAGCAUCUAUAAUGAUAUAUCUAAGUUAGUAAUGUCAAAUUUUAAAAGACAAGCUGCCAAUGUUUGUUUAGAUGUUGCAUUUUGGUGUACUAUAAAUUUAUGUAUAUUCUCCUAAAUGUAGCUUGCACGCACAUGAAUAAGAUUUAGUGUCCUUAGUUUCUGACCUCCCAAAACCACCACAAAUGUUGCUUGAUUUUCAAGGCUAACACAGUUUUGCAGAGAGAGCUGAACACACUACUUCAUGUAGAUAACAGAUUCACAUUUCAUCUGUUUUGUUCUAUGCCAUGCUGUAAAAUAUGCCUACUAUUUGCUCCUUGGAAACUUCUAUAAUCUUUGACAUAUUAUAAUUUUUAUUCAUCUAAAACUAUUUAAGUAGGAGUUUUUGUCAGAACAUAGUUACUUGUUUUUAGUUUGUUUGGCUGGAAAAGAAAGCCCAACAAGCCACAAGGCUGUUAUCAAGGGCUAGACUGUGAGCUCAGAUGCAAAAAUGCCACUGAUUCAGUUUCCACUCCGUUUCCAAGGCUUU